GCCCUUUGUGUUUUACGGCUUGUUUUGAGUUGAGUUGAGUUGAGUUGAGUUGGACAGGGAGCACUAAGCGAAGCUAAACUGUCCUUUUUUAAAAACGUUUUUAAGGUUUUAUUUAAGCAAGGGCCCUCGCAAUUAGCAUAUUCGCCAUGGAAAUUCACGCUUUGCGCAAUGCAAACAACCCUGUUUUUAUCGGUGGCAAAGGCGGCCCUGUAAACGGCGCAGCGAGGAGGGCCGUGUUUGGCGAACUGUCCAACUUCAACGUUACCCACAAACCAGUUCAGACUAAGAAGGUUCAACCCGUGCUGCCUGUAAAACCAAUUGCUGUUGUGCAACCCAAACGUGCCCAGGUACAGCACGAGAUCCCCCAGCCUGCCCCAGCGUUGCCCCCUGCUCAAGCUGAUGUGAGCAUGAAGGAAGAGGAACUCUGUCAAGCCUUUUCCAACACACUCUUUCCAGUCGAAGACAUCGAUGAAGGGGACGCUGACAUGCCACAGCUGUGUCCUGAAUAUGUGAAGGACAUCUAUGCGUAUCUGCGAAGCCUUGAGAGUCAGCAGUCUGUUCGUCCUCUCUACAUGCGUGGCUAUGAUAUCAAUGCGCGGAUGCGCGCGCUCCUGGUUGACUGGCUGAUUCAGGUGCACUCCAGAUUUCAGCUCCUGCAGGAAACCUUGUACAUGACCGUAGCCAUCCUUGAUCGCUUUCUCCAGGUACGAGUUACCCAAAAGUUAAUACAAAAGGAGUAG